AUGAUAGUGCUACUUAAUAAGUUAAAACUAAAACAGAUUGUACAAGUAUCUGCUCGAUAUGCACAUGAAAAGAUUCACUGGGCUAAACUGAAGAAAAAGAAAGCGGCAAAAGAUAAAGCACUUGAACAUUUUAAUGAGUUUUACGCAGGCGUUUAUGGAGAUGAGUGGCCAGAUAUACGAGCUGCAUUGUUAUCAGAAGAAUCUAAAUAUAUGGCUGUGGUUAAUAAUUUCAGUGAUCCAGAAAGAAUCCAACCUGAGUUGGAGUUACUUGGUGCAAUAAAUUUGAAGAGUUUAUAUAAUGUACAAAAAGAAAAUGUAGAAUUCUUUAAAGCUAAAAGAGCAGCAAGAUAUGGUAAUUUUCCAGAUAAACAAAAUUCAGAGGACAUUACAACAUCUAAAGAUCAAUUAGCAGAACUUCAAACAACUUAUUCUACUAAUUAUCCAAAUUUAUUCGAAACAUUAAAUGCUGAAACUACUGAAUUUGUUAAGGAAGAUCAACGAAUACCUACAGAACUAAAAUCUAUAGAUGAAAAUUUAAAUGAAGUGGAAUUAGAUACCAAUCGUAUCGUCAAUUCACCUGUAGACUCAGCUAUACUUCAGGAAUAUAUACCUGCUACCAAAAUAAAAGGCUUGGAUGAUUGGGUUUUGGAAUCUGACUAUUAUAGGUUUUAUGAUAAAGCUAGUGAUUUUCAAAUAAAUGUUGAGAAAGAAUUUGUUCUGCCAUUUCCAGAACAUUUGCAUAUGUAUGCUUUUGAAAGAGAAAAUAACAGUAGAUUUCCAAAUCCUAAGAAAGGAUCUACUGGUGUUUCAGAUUAUUACUUGUUUGAUGGUGGAUCUAUACUUCCUGUGUUGGCUCUAGAUAUACAGUUUAAUGAUAUGGUCCUUGAUAUGUGUGCUGCACCUGGAGGGAAAGCUUUGACCAUCCUCCAAACUCUUAUGCCUCGUAUACUGGUUGCUAAUGAUGUUACAGAAUCUAGAAUAAAAAGACUCAAAAACGUUAUGAAUCAAUAUGUUUUAAACAUGUGCGAAAAAGAAAAUAUGUUAAUUAUAACACAACAAGACGCUAGAGCAAUUGAUGAGAAUGGUAGAUAUAACAAGAUCUUAGUUGAUGUACCAUGUACAACGGAUAGGCACAUUUUACAUUCUGAUGACAACAAUAUUUUCAAACCAAGUAGAGUUAAGGAAAGAUUAAAAAUGCCAGAAGUUCAGUCUGAGAUUUUAACGACUGCAUUGAAAUUGGUUUCAGUAGGAGGUACAGUUGUUUAUUCAACAUGUUCACUUAGUCCUGUACAAAAUGAUGGUGUUGUACAUGUAGCAUUAAAAAAAGCGUGGGAAGAAAACAAUUCUGUUAUGGUCGUAAAAGAUAUGACAGAAGCACUGUUACCCUUACGAUGUCUAUAUAACUUUGGUAACAUUGACUUAAAAUAUGGUCAUAUUGUUGUACCUAAUCUGAAAAAUAAUUGGGGACCAAUGUAUUUUUGUAAAAUGGUGAAAGUGCAAUAGGUGUGAAUGACUGAGAGCCUAUUGGAUAAUUAAAAUUAAAUAAUUAAAUAAUGAAAUAAUUUAUAUUUCUAUGCAGACAAUUGUAAGUAUGUAACAUGUUGCUAUAAAAAAGAGUAAUAUUUAAUAAAUAUGUACAUGUACAGUUGUAAUGUAAGAGGUUAUAAUUAUAUUU